CAACGUCACAGGCAAGGGCCGCCAUUUUGACUGAGCAACCCUAGUGACAGGAGCCGAAGAAGCAGAGCAGGUUGUCCCCGUUUCCCCUCCCCCUUCCCUUCUCCGAUCGAUUUCCCGGGCCCCUUACACUCCACAGCCCUGGUCCCGCCAUGUCCCAGAAACAAGAAGAGGAGAACCCUGCGGAGGAGACCGGCGAGGAGAAGCAGGACACACAGGAGAAAGAAGGUAUUCUCCCUGAGAGAGCCGAGGAGGCAAAGCUAAAGGCCAAAUAUCCAAGCCUAGGACAAAAGCCUGGAGGCUCCGACUUCCUCAUGAAGAGACUCCAGAAAGGGCAAAAGUACUUUGACUCAGGAGACUACAACAUGGCCAAAGCCAAGAUGAAGAAUAAGCAGCUGCCAAGUGCAGGACCAGACAAGAACCUGGUGACUGGUGACCACAUCCCCACCCCACAGGAUCUGCCCCAGAGAAAGUCCUCGCUCGUCACCAGCAAGCUUGCGGGUGGCCAAGUUGAAUGAUGUUGCCCGGGGCUCCGCCAGAUCCUGAGACGCUGCCCUCCUGGGUCCUGUGCUGGCUCCUCCCCCUCCCUGUUUUUGCAGCCAGGGGUCAGGAGGUGGCUCGGGCGCGGGCUGGAGAGGCAGAAGCCCCUGCCCGUCGGUGUCCCAGCGCAUGGAGCCCCUUGGGCUGAGCACCAAGACCCUGAACCUUUUUUUGUUUUAUCUUUUUUCCAAAUAACUGUUGGGAAAAAUCUCAGUGAAAUCCUGGUGGGGGUGGGAGGGGGUGUGGGGGUUGGCAUGGGUGUGGUGUUUUGAGAGGGUGGGGUGGUAAAUUUGUGGGGGUACGAAAUAGGGCUCGGAGUUGAUAAAGGCAUUCCUGACUAUCCUUCCUAACCAUUUGGCCUGUGUAGGAUGGGUGUGCGGGGGAGGAGUGCAGUAGACUCCAGAUGAGGAGUUCUAAUUCAGCUCUGUAGAAAAACACCUUGUUUGCUUGUGCCUGGGGAUCUGGUAUCAGAUAAAAGAAACUGUCCAUCUAAAUAUGACAGAUGCAAACAGCUCUUCUGGUUCUGCAGAGCCAAGUUGAGAACACAAUUAAUGUUAAUUGUUCAUUGAAGAAAGUGCUGUCUUUGAAAUAGAUUUGCUGUGGGGAGAAGGGCAGUAAGUGUGGGGGAAAGGGGGCCAUGAGCGUGGGGAACCCCACAGAGCCCAAGGGACUUUUUCAGUAUUUGAAAUAAAAAAAAAAGAAGACGACCCACAAAAAAACACAACCCAGAAA